ACUGGUCUUGUAAAUACCUGACAUUCUUCAGGCGGUGAUGCGGCUCUCUACUGCCGCGCUAGUAUUCCAUUAGAUCGCAGGAACCACUUUCUCGUAAGAGCGUGGAGCAUCUUAGACGGAUUCCAUUUCAACGAGCUGCAAAAUAAUUGGAUAUAAACUGUUAGCUCGUUAUUUCAAUACACUUCUCUGAAGUUAAACAGACUCAGGCUCUGUACCUACUCCAGAAUCAGAGCUCGGGCGAAUAUGGCCAAGUUUCGAUCAGAGCUACAAGUUCCUGUGAAAAAGGACGAAAUGACAUUUCAAGACCGCCAGGUUAAAACUUGGGAGGAUAUGGAGGUUCGAAUGGAAAAACGAAGGAAGGAAUGGGACGAUGAAUUUGAAAAAAUCCGAAAAGAUUUCUUUACAUUGAAACCAACAGAUAAUGGUAUUGGAAACGGAAGCAUUGGCAAUCAUAUCGGAUCAAACAGCAGCGUGGACACACUAAACUCCAUGUUCGAAAAUGAUGGAACCGGGGAGAGAUUUAAAGUGAGAUUUGAUGUUUCCGAAUUCCGACCAGAGGAAAUUCAGGUCAAAGUGCAAGACAAUAAAUUAUUUGUUUCUGCUAAACACGAAGAGAAAUCUACAAAAGCCUCGGUAAGUCGUGAAUACAAUAGACAAGUCGAUAUACCAAACAACGUCGAUCAAGAAAAACUGCAGUGUGUUCUAAGUAGAGACGGAAUUCUGACGGUAGAUGGCCCCACUAAAGGACAAAUUCAAAUAGAAAGGGAGACAACUUUGCCAAUACAACAUCAGCCAUCAAAUACUCCCAUAGUGACACCAGUAUCCCCGACACCUAACGCUAAUAACCAGAUAGCGCCUUUCUCUAAACCACUAGAAAUCGCCACCCCUGUCAAAAACCCUAUCAUAACGGAGCCCGAUGGUACUCGUAAACUUCGGCUUAGUGUAGACAUUGGAGAGUUCAAACCGGAAGAAAUAGUCGUAAAAACAGCCGACCGGAAGUUAAUUGUACACGCAGAACACGAGGAGAAAUUGUCGGGUCGCACACUUCAUAAGGAGUUUAACAAGGAAUACGAAUUACCGGAAUCCGUGGAUCAGUCUGCCAUCACGGCUUACAUCGGGGAAGAAGGGAAAUUGUUUGUCGAGGCCCCGCUGAAACCACAACAACAGAAAAGAUAUUCCAUCACACAGAGUCAUGACGUCAGAAAAGUAGUCGUCACCAAGGAAUCCCAAGUGACCAUCACCGAUAGCAACAAUAGACCCAUGGUAACGAUCAAUGUCCAUCGGCGUUAAAUAAACGCUUGAUUCGUAUAAAUAUAAGUGCUGUAGAGAGAAUUCAAUGUCUCAAAUAGACUGAAACAAAAAUGAAUUCUGUUCUAUUUUUAUUACAACAUUUAUAAAGACAAAAGGAGACAUUUAUAAAUACAAAUCUUUCGUAGAAAUAUUUAUUGAGUGACAAAAGGGAAAUUGUUGGGGCCAUUCUGUUCGGUUUCAUCAGUUUCAGGAGGAAUGUAUUUUUAAAAAGUAAUUUGGAUAAUGCAUUUUCAGUGUUGAAUCAAUUUACGUAAAUUUGUGUUCAUCGCCUUUGCAUCCACUUGUUGCGCAGAUUCAUCAUUGCACAAAUAUGUUAUCUUCAUCGGCAUGCCAACUGUCAGUAACCGGAUAUGACCCCUGACCCCAUCAUAGACUGGUCGUGUGUUCCCUUCAAUUUAUCUCAGACUCUGAGAGUUACAUAUUGUUUGUUUAAUGUUAUUGAAAACUUGAAGUAUUCCUUAAUAGCAAGCGUCAGUUAGAACUUGGAACCAAUCCAAAUUGAAAUCUUUUUUGGGAAAUGUGAAAGUUCUGUCAUUGUGAAGACCAGUUACUGAUGUAUUGUUGAGUUUGUGAAGUCGCUCUUCCUAAGUUAUCAACUGACAGAUCUAGUGUGGUUAUCUGUGUACGUGAUUCAACCUUACAGCUCGGGAGAAAAAGAAAUGUUGUACAUUAUCUGUUUUAAAUGGUUUUCAUUAUUUAUAUUAAUUUAUAAGUAAUCAAUGAGAUAAUAUAAUUAAUUUGUAAAUAUUUAUACAUGUAUACCAUGUAUAUAGGCUGUGAGAAGCUUCGUACAACAACAAGUAUAUAUUCCAUAUUGUUCUUACAACUAUAUCUGGCCAUUACUGUCAAAAAAACAUCUAUUUUAUUGUGCGUCUCUAACUAGUAUUUUCUCAUUGCAAGGAAAAUCGCCAUUGAAUGUUUAGCUAGCUAAUUCGUGCAAACCAUUUUUACUGUGAUAUGCUGUGUUUUAUAUUUGGGGAAAGUGCGAGUUAAUUUAUGAAAAAUGUGAAUUUAUUUCUGAGAAGUGCGAUUAAUUUAUAUAUUCAUGUUCAUGUGGCAAAUGUUCGUAUUUAUGUUAAAUGUAAGGGAAAUGACGCCCCGGCUCAUUCAGUGUGAACCUGUGAUUUAAAAUGGCCGUCAAUUUUAAACGUUUCAAUAACUCUUUGUUGUGUCUAUGUUACUUUUGUAGAUAUUUUGUAAAUGUGUACAGAAAUAAAUGUUACUGUCUUCUU